UUUUGUUCUGCUUGUAUUUCACAGAGUCAUUAUUCAGACAUGCCAGGUAAAGCUGCUGUGGUGUUUGCCCUGUUGGUGGCACUGCUGGUAUCCAUUGCAGCCUCCUCGCCCAGAGAGGCUGCAGAGACUAAUGUACUACAGCGGCUCGUGGCCAAGAGGGAGAGAGUGACAAACUUAAAUGGCAUACAGGAGCCAGCGCCUCGGGCUCACGCUACAAGGGUGGAGAGACGGGCACACCUAUCAGAGGAUGAACGCGAGAUUAUGACCAAGCAAAUAAUGCAAGCCAUUUCGGAGAUGAUGAAUUCUGAGUGCAUGUCAGAUCGAGACUACCAGGGCUGGGUGGACUUCGGACGCCGAGACGCAGACUGACCCACGACUAUGCCAACAGCAACCUGAGAG